GAGUUUCCUCCACGUAAACUCAAAACCUGAAAGGGAAAAUAUUCCAGAGAGAGACAGAUCGAGAGAGGGAGAAGGACUGAAGUAAACUGAGAAGAUCGAGAGAGACAGAUCAAGAUCUGAAAUCCCAUGAUUUUUUUAUAGCGUGAAGAAAUGAACCGAGAAGAUUCAAGGGUACUAAAACAGAAUGGGUAGUGAGGAUAGGAAUUUCUGGAUAACUGAUAUAGGUGGCCGGUUUAGGGGCUUGUAUUGUUUUGGUUGUAAAGAGAUGAGGAAGUCCUUGUCUGCACCAACUACUGCAACAACAUCUGCAUCAAAGAAAUCUGGUGAUAUACCACCAUUGUCAAACGGCAAAGCAGUUGCUAUUACACCAUCUUCUUCUUCGGCUGGUUCCCAGAAAAAGGGUAAGACAACUGCACCAUCCUCCUCUACUGCAGCUGAUGUUGGUGCUAAAAGGAAGGUGACACAUCCAUCUACUUCUUCUGCACCUUCUACUGCUUGUUUUAAUAACCAGACAUAUAAUGGCCGAAUAUUUCUAGCCAAACCAUCAAUAUUACUGAACCAUCAUCUAAAAGGGUUAGAAAGCCUAAUUCAAAAUAUCAGUAGGUUUAAAUGUUUUCACUUAAUAACAGUUAACAAUGGGUUCUUGUUUUUUAUGCUUUUGUUUGUAAUGGCGGACAUCUUAAUCACUUUAUGUUUGGAGUAUUGAUGGUGUUUUUAACUAUCAUUGUUUAUGUAAGUGCAAACAGUUUAGCAAUAUAAAUUAUGCAGUGUUGUUUUUUUGUU